AUGCAAUAAUGUUAAAAAUGUCAAAACAAAAAGGAUAUUGUUGUAAUUAAAAAAGAAAGACAGAAAAUUGGGGAGGUGAGGGUGAAAUAGGGGAGGUAGAGGGAGUAACCCCCCUCCCUUUCUUAGCUUGGCCCAACAGAGGCCCAAGGCCUUGCAAUCAGAAACGCUAGGGUUUUUCUCACCCCCAAACCCUGAGGAUGCCUCCCAUUCGAAAAGAAAACAAUAAGCAGAGGCACUGGGUUUUCUCUCCCUGCACAAGCCUUCUUCUUCUCACGAUCACCAUCCCAGCCGCCGUGAGUGGCGGCCUGAGGCAUCACCAGUGGCGUAUUUCUCCUCUCGCCUCUGAAGACUGGCACGGCGACCGCGACCCUUCCUCCUCCGUCGUUGAUGACGGUGACUACCUUAUCCCUUCGUCGCUUCGCCCUCCCCGGCGUUUCGAUCUCAACGCGCCGACGGUCACCACCACACCGCCGGUUUUCCCCCUCCUAUUCCUUCAUAAGCAGCAAAACCCUUUUGCUCUUCUUCAAGUUCGUGACCGCCAUUCAUCACGACUUCAUGAUUGGAGACAUUUCCUCUACUAUGUCUGCGACCGGAAGUUCGGCGCGACAAAGACGAGGGCCAAGACGGGGCUCUGGCGCAAUCAAGGCGGACAGCUAAACGACGCCGCCGCUUUAACAUCCGCUUCGCGGAAGUGCCGUGCAGAAGAGCGGGAGAGGAAGGAACGGAAACGAAAUUGAUGAUGAAUGGCUGGGAUUGUGAGUGAUUGGUGGCGGUGAAGGUGAGGGAUGAAUAGAGGAUAGGUACUGUUGGUUUCAUUCUGUGGUAUUCUGUGUGAGUUUCUGCUGACUCCGUGAUGAUGAUUGUGUGUUAAAAUGGAUUGGUGAGAUGAUGAUGGGGAACCAGUGGUUGCUAGGAAGGGAGUGGGUUCGAUGGCUAGGCGAGACCGGUGUGGUGAUUGUUCUUGAUGGUUGGUUCUCAUUUAUGUUGAGGAUGAUGGUGUUAUCUGUUUGGUUUUGUGUUUCGUGUUGUUUCUUAUUUGGGUGCAGAUGGAGGAGGCUAUGGUGCCGUGUGAGGAGAUGAUAAGGGAGGAAAUUGAUCCUUCGGUUCUCAGAGGGUUGGUUAAUGUGGUACCGGAUGAAGUUAGCUGAUAAACUCUGCUUGAUUGUUUUUUUUGGUUAUGUUUUCUGGUAAGUAUCUAGCUUAACAGUGACGAUGUUCGGUAUGGGGGAUUCAUACAUAGAGCCAUAACCAAAAGCCAACCAAAAGCCAGUAUAACACGCAGUUCAUAAUACAACCAUUCACAAUACAGCAAGCAUCACAUGUGAUUAUAUGAAUGAGUGAGGGAAUUGCUUACCUCUCGAGGGCCCCUAUGCUAUUGCUUGGUGUCUCCAAUAACUGUUGCGACAGGAAGAGCGUUCGAAUCUCCAGAAAACCUUACCCACGAGCCAAUUUUUCUCCUCUUCUGAUUCUCACUCUUUUUUUUCUUUUGAGAAAAGAAUUCGUAGUUGAUUGUCAA